AAGGUCAUUUCACGUUAACUGCUGCAACACCUAAAGCCCUAACCUUGGUAAUCCCCCUCAUCAUCCUCUCUUCCACCAUCAAUUUCUGCGGGAAUUGGCGAGAAUUUUAAAAAAGAGGGGCUUUCUUCAAAUCACAGAAACCCUAAUCUUCUCUCGAGGUGAAAUUCCAGCUCUCUCACUUUUUAGCUCUCGCAUCAAAUUGCUUCAAGUUCGUAAAAAUCCCCCCUUAAAAAUUGUAGAAUUUUACAAAAUGUCUGCAAAGUGGCGAGCUUUGCAACACAGGCACAAAUACACUUACAGUUCAGUCGUCUUCCCCAAAUCCUUCAUCGAAACCCUUAAGCUAAUCCCUUCACAAAUCUGCUCAUCCUUCGGGUUUUUCUCCGACUUGGAAGAAUUGAUCUCGCUGAACUCCACUUACUCCCAGCUCUCUGCGGUCAAAUCGCUGUCUUCAUCUUUCUCCCAGUUGCUCUCCUCUGAAGAAGCGACCGCUGACAUUGUUGCCGCUGCUUCUAAACUCUACUUGGAAAUCUUAUUUCUCGAGAACUCUCUGCCUCUUCAUAGAACCCUAAUUUCUCCAUUAACUAAGAGCAGAAAGUUCCUUCCUUUGCUUAGCGAAUGCUUUGAAUCUCUAUGCGAGGAGUAUGGUGAUUUGAGUAGGAAGGGAAAGAAGAGGUUUGUAGUAUCGCGGGCUGCUUUGUCGUUGAUGGGAUUUCCAAAGUUGGGAUUUCUAAAUGAGACGGUUGAGAAAUGCGCGGUUUUGGUGGCAAAGGAUGUGAGGUUCGGAUUGACGGGGGUGUUUUUGGAUAUAGAAUGCGGGUCCCGACCAUCACCCAUUGUGAUGGAGCAAUGCCAAGAGGCGAUGUCAUGCUUGUAUUACCUGUUGCAGAGGUAUCCUACCAAGUUUUUGGGGUUGCAAGGGGGUGCGGACGCUUUGGAGAGUGUUGUUAGAAGCAUACUUAAUGUAUUGAAGUCGUCGGCUUUUUCAAGAGAUUGCUUUGUUGCUGCUGGUGUCAGCUUCUGCGCCGCCAUUCAGGCUUGUAUGAGCCAUGAAGAGCUCGCUUCUUUUAUUUCCAGAGGGUUCUUUGGCAUUUAUGGUGCUGAUGGAGAAGUCGGGGACGUGGGUGUGAAAAAAGUAAUGCCUAAUGGUGAUUUGUACUUGGAGAUUGCAGAUUUCCCAGUUCUGAGCAGGCUUUGUAUGCUUAGAGGGAUUCUUACAGCUAUUCCCAGGACUGUGCUCAACGCCCCUUUUGUUGAUCCAAUUAAUCAGUUCAUAUGGACGAUAUUGUAUAAUGGCAUUCUUCCAGAGCUCUGUAGCUAUUGUGAAAAUCCUGCUGAUAGCCAUUUCAAUUUCCAUGCGCUGACAGUGACACAGAUUUGUUUGCAACAGAUUAAAACAUCGAUUUUAGCAGAUCUUACUGAUUUUUCUGUAAAUUAUAAUCCGCUCCCUGAAGGGAUGAUGAAUCGCAUACUGAAAAUAAUUUGGAGUAAUAUUGAUGACCCUUUAAGUCAGACGGUCAAGCAAGUGCAUCUAAUCUUUGACCUCCUUCUGGAUAUCGAGGCAUCUCUUCCAUCAGGAGAAGAUGGUGACAGGACUGAGUUGUUGCUGUUGAAGAUUGUAACGGAUCUUCUUUGCCUGGGGCCACGUUGCAAGGGCAGGUAUGUGCCUUUAGCUUCUGUCACCAAACGAUUGGGUGCAAAAUCUGUGCUCGACUUAAAUCCCAACCUCUUAUCUGAGACAGCAUAUGCUUAUGCAGAUGAUGAUGUCUGUUGUGCAGUGACAUCAUUCUUGAAAUGCUUUCUCGAGUGCCUACGUGAUGAAUGUUGGAGCCAUGAUGGUGUUGAGAAAGGGUAUGAAACAUUUAGAGGGCUUUGCUUACCCCCUAUUUUGCAUGGGCUCACAUCUGGCCAUUCAAAACUCCGAUCGAAUUUGAAUACUUAUGCUCUACCAGCAGUUCUUGAAAUUGAUACAGACAGCAUAUUCCAAAUGCUUGCAUUUAUCUCGGUUGGUCCAAGCAGGAAAGAAAAUAGAUUCACUUUAGACUUAAAAAUUGAUCAGUGUGUAGCUGCACUGGUUUCCUUGCUUAAGGUUUCUCGCACCCUUGCUCUACUUGAGGGGGAUAUUGAUCUAGACCAAGAUUUGUCAGUGCAACCGAAAAGUUCUGAUCAGGCUGCUCUUAUAUGUGUAAAGGGGAUAAAUGUCACAGUACCCGUCAAAUGGUUUGUCUUGGCACUGACCCAUGCUGAUGAAAGUCUACGUAUAGAUGCUUCUGAGUCUCUCUUCCUGAACCCCAAGACAGCCAGUCUCCCAUCAUCACUAGAGCUCAGCUUGUUGAGGGAGGCAGUGCCACUAAAUAUGCGAUGUUGUUCAACAGCCUUUCAGAUGAAAUGGACAAGCUUAUUUAGGAAGUUCUUCUCUAGAGUGCGCACAGCAUUGGAGAGGCAGAUGAAACAAGGUUCAUGGCAACCAGUUGCUUGUAUUGAUAAAAAUGGGGUCAGCAGUUGUCAGUAUGAUGAUGCAGUGGUGGUGUUUUCUAGAGCAGAAAACCUUUUCCACUUCAUGAAGUGGCUCAGUUGUUUUCUUCUUUACUCAUGUUAUCCCUCUGCACCAUAUGAGAGGAAAACCAUGGCAAUGGAGCUUAUUCUUAUCAUGGUUGAUGUCUGGCCUACGAGUAUUGCUCAAGGAAAAGAUUCUCUCUGUCCUUAUAGUGAAGGGUUUACUUCACCAGAAUCAACAUUAUGCUUAGUUGGGUCUAUAAUCGAUAGUUGGGAUAGGCUGAGAGAAAACUCUUUCCGCAUUCUUUUAUCAUUUCCAACCCCACUUCCAGGAAUUUCCUCUCACAACUCAGUAAAUGAAUUGAUUAAGUGGGCGAAGAAGUUAGUUUGCAGUCCACGUGUUAGAGAGAGUGAUGCCGGUGCAUUGGCUUUUCGGCUCAUAUUCAGGAAGUAUGUAUUGGAGCUAAAGUCGGUAGUUGGAGUUUGUAAUGAUGUUUUUCUCAAUUCUCAAUCUGAGUUUAUAAAUGGACAGGUACAAAUGAUUAAAGUCAGGUCCCCUGUCGUCGAAUAUAUAUCUUCACUUAUUGAAUGGCUGGACAAUGUUGUUGAAGAAGGGGAGAAGGACCUUUCAGAAGCAUGUAGAAAUAGUUUUGUUCAUGGAGUAUUGCUUACACUCCGCUACACAUUUGAGGAGUUGGACUGGAAUUCUGAGGUAGUCCUGUCCUGUAACUCUGAGAUGAGAUGUAUGCUAGAGAAGCUUCUGCAACUACUUAUGCGUGUGACUUCAUUGGCCCUUUGGGUGGUUUCGGCAGAUGCAUUGUCUAUUCCAUAUGACAUGGAUGAUGUUCUUGAUGAUGGUUCUUUCCUCAUAGAUGAGCAGGUGGAGAUGGCUGCAUCUGAAUCCUUGCCAGAACCUGUUGAUGCAAAAUUGAAAUUGGAGAAUGAUGGCAGGCCAGCAGAACAGGCUGUCAUGGUUGGUUGUUGGCUUGCUAGAAAUUUCUAUAUUAGUCUUCUCUUGGGAACCAUCGUCAGAAAAAUUCCAUUGCCAAGCACAAGCAGCACUCUUUCUGAUUCUUCUGAUGGCUGCACUUCUGAUGAAAUGGGAUUGGCUGUUGAGCCUGAUCCAAUGCUUGACUUGCAACAGUUGGAGACGAUUGGGAACCAUUUCUUACAAGUCCUUCUGAAAAUGAAGCAUAAUGGUGCAAUUGAUAAGACGAGGGCCGGUUUCACUGCUCUAUGCAAUCGCCUUCUUUGCUCAAAUGACCCAAGGCUUUGCAAAAUGACAGAGUCAUGGAUGGAGCACCUAAAGGAAAGGACCAUUGCCAAGGGGCAAACUGUGGAUGAUUUAUUGAGGAGAAGUGCUGGAAUACCUGCUGCUUUCAUUGCUCUUUUCCUUUCAGAGCCGGAAGGAACACCGAAAAAAUUACUUCCCAAAGCAUUAAGGUGGUUGAUAGAUGUUGCUAAGAUGUCAGUCUGCAACACCCAUGAAGAUGAUAAUGAGAAGAGUGAAGUGCUGCAUAACAACUUUAUGAAAAAUCAAUCGGAAACUUCCACAGAGGAAGUACGAGAAAAUGGAAGGGUCUCAAAGAUCCGAGAUGAGGGGGUAAUACCAACUGUUCAUGCAUUCAAUGUACUUAGAGCUGCUUUCAACGAUGCAAAUUUGGCGACUGAUACAUCAGGGUUUUGUGCUGAGGCUAUGAUUGUUGCGAUACGCGCAUUCUCAUCUCCUUACUGGGAAGUGCGUAACAGUGCCUGUCUUGCAUAUACUGCAUUAGUUCGUCGUAUGAUUGGAUUUCUCAAUGUUCAGAAGCGCGAGUCAACAAGACGUGCAUUGACUGGGCUUGAAUUCUUCCAUAGAUAUCCAGCUCUGCAUCCUUUCUUGUUGAGCGAAUUGAAGAUUGCCACCGAACUGCUCAAUGAUGGUAGUUCUAGACAUGCAGAAUCUAACAUUGCAAAAGCUAUUCACCCAAGCUUGUGCCCCAUUCUCAUCCUUCUAUGCAGACUCAAACCUUCUCUAAUCAGCAGCGGGAAUGAUGAUAUUUUAGAUCCAUUUGCAUUCACGCCUUUUGUCAGGAGGUGUGGAACCCAAAGUAAUCUCCGAGUUCGUGUGCUUGCUUCAAGGGCUCUAGUUGGUUUGGUAUCUAAUGAAAAACUGCAGGAUGCCCUUAGCAUCAUAGCUCAAGGUUUGGCACAUGGAAGAUCUCCUACGUCUGUCAAUAUGAGCAAUGGGGACAAAACUGCUGUUUCCCUUUCUUUCAAUUCGAUUCAUGGAAUCCUGUUGCAGUUGUCUACACUUAUUGAUAACAAUUGCAGAAACUUGACUGAUACUAGCAAGAAAGAACAAAUUGUUGGUGAACUGAUCAGGGUUAUCUCGAACUGCUCAUGGAUUGGCAGCACUAGGUCAUGUCCUUGCCCUACUUUAGUUUGCUCAUAUUUGAGAGUUUUAGAUGAGAUGCUUGUUAUUGCAAGAACUUCAGCUAUAAGCCACCAUGUCACUACCAUUCAAAACCUUUUGUUGGAGUUAGCCUCUGAGUGCCUGGAUGUACAAGGAUUAUUUGGGCCAGCUCUGCAUGAUCCAACUAUAGUUGAGCUCCGGGGGCAAGCAGCUGCCUCCUAUUUUGGCUGCCUAUUUGCAGAGACUUCAGAAGUACAUGUGGAAGAGUUUCAAGCUCAGGGAUCUGCUCCAGCUACUUCCCACCUCUCUAACAUGGCACUUCAUGAAAGAAUAACUUCUUGCAUUUCAGAUACAAUGCAUGAAGUCAGAGACACAACGCUGAAGAAGCUCUUUGGAUUAUUGAAAUCUAUGAAGCCUAAUGAUCGAAAAGGAGCUAUUGCCUUGUGGGCUGAGACCCAUCUACAAUCUAUGAUGAUGUCACGACUAGCUGUGGAAGAGAGCCCAAAAUGUAUUUAUUACAUUUUGAAGAUCAUUUUCUCUUGGCAUACUCUAGAAUGGGAGGUCAACACUGCCGUGGCUGAUCUUGAAUCUGUGCUUGGCUUCUGGAAGAGGUUGGUCCUUUUGAACAGCACAGUAAUGCGCUUGAAGACCCGAGAAAUUCUCAUAUGCUGCAUGGCCAUGAGUGUAAAGCAGUUGGUCGCUUUGCUUCAUAGAUUUAUCGAAGGAGAGUGUGCUGACCGGAAGGGAUUGGUUGAAGCUCUUGAUUGUAUCAGUUCUUUUGUUGUGCUAGUUAAGCAGCACAGCUUACCAUCAGAGCCUGUGAACAUGAGGAAGGCAGCAGCUGAAGCCAUAGUAGCGUCUGGGUUGCUUCAGGAAGCUUCAUCAAUUGCAUCAUUCGUAUGUAACGAUCCAUUUGAAGCGCCUCAAAUUAUCGAAGUCGAGGACAUUGGAACUUCUAAAUUAGAUUUACCUGCGGCAACCAGUUUCUAUGCUCGUAGAAUACUAGACUUAUGGUUUACGUGUAUACAGCUCUUGGAGGAUGAGGAUUUUGCUCUGAGGCAAAAGCUUGCUAAUGAUGUCCAGAAGUAUGUAAAUUCUGAAGGAUUGGAGGGAAACCGAGACCAUGACACUGUACCAAGUCAAGUCGAUCAGGUGAUUCAAUCAAGUUUUGUGUUCUUGUCAGCAAUCUUUGGCCGCUGGAUCGAGUACCUGAAUUGCUUGUGUGGGUACGUCCUCAGUGCUGCUGGUUCGGUGAGUUCUCAAGGAGACUUGGUUCGGAGGAUAUUUGACAAAGAGAUUGAUAACCAUCAUGAAGAAAAGCUGCUGAUAUGCCAAAUUUGCUGCUGCCAUCUGGAAAAACUCCUGGUUCAGAAAUCUACAGAAGUUGGGUCGCAUCCUGAGCGCUUGGUUGAGAGAAAUGUUGGGAUUUUCUUGAAGACGUGGAGGCUUAGAUUCUUAAAGCAAUUGACAUCCUUCGCCAACAGUUGUGUUGAGUCUGUGAAGGUAGCAGACUGGAUUGGAGGCAUAGGUAACCACAAGGAUGCUUUUAUAUCGAUGUAUGCAAAUCUGCUAGGCCUUUAUGCUCUCACACAAAGCCACUAUCUGUGGCAGCUAGAUAAUGAUGAGAGCAAGGUGAACUCGUCGGAGUUUGCUGAACUUAAAGGGAUUAUCAGACCAUUUCUUGGAAAUCCAUUGAUUUCUAACCUGUAUUCGUUAGUCAUCCAAUCGCAUGAGAAGGUGCAUGCAGUUUCAUUGGCUGCAGAAUACAGGAGAGAUUGUUUGAACUGGGAAGGUUUUAAUCCCUAUUUUCUUCUUAGGUGAUGCCAGCUGUUGAAACAUUCAGAUUUCAAUUUAAUGUAAUUUGUAAACGCACACUAACACAAGUCAUUUAUUAAAAGUUGAUUCAAUGGUAUAUUCAGAGAACGCGUUGUUUUA